CAUGAUUGCUCGGGCCAAAGGGCAUAAUGAUUUUUACUCAUUGUUUAGUUAUAUUUGGCUUACUGUGUAUUCAUUAAACAAUUACGGGAAAUGGUGCAAUGGCAAUGCAGAAGAGGGUGAAAGCACUUCAUCAACUGCAGCAUUUAUUGUCCACAUCUCAGUUCCGUCCAGUUGAAGCUGCUCUUACAGCGGGAGCUAUACCCUUACUUGUUCAGUGUCCUUCAUUUGGCUCUCCAGAUGAACAGCUUCUAGAGGCAGCCUGGUGUCUUAAAAAUGUUGCAGUUGGAAAACCACGAGAAACAAAGGCACUGUUGCCUGCAUUACCUUCCGUUAUUGCUCACCUUGGAGGUCAGAGAUGACUGGUCUAUUCUUUCUCAUAUCAUGAAAGGAGUUCUUCUUUGCUUUUUCCUUAUCUAUUCAUAAACAGGUCAUUGUGGCCUCUUUCAGGCAAUAUUUUCCAGAAAUGAAGCUGGGUUCUUGUGAAAUAUCACUCUUUAGUUUUCAUAUCUUAUAAAUUUUGAUAUUAAUCCCUUAUUAAACUUGGUGUUAAUUUGCAAACCUUGUUGUAUAUAACCUCUAUGAUGUGUUUGAUAGUCUGCCUCUAUUAACUGAACAAAAAUGCCUAAUCUUUCAACGUCUUAGUAACAUAAUCUUUCUACUAGGAAAAAAUGUUAAUGAGCUAAUGUAUGUCAAAAUUGCCUUAUUUGUAGAAAAAAGUUCCCUCCCUGUUGCUGAGCAGUGUGCGUGGGCAUUGGGAAAUGUAGCUGGUGAAGGAGAGUUGAGAAAUGUUUUGCCAUCUCAAGGGGCCCUACCACCGCUUGCAAGAAUGAUGCUGCCGAACAAAGGUUCCACCGUGAGAACAGCUGCUUCGGCAUUGUCAAACCUUAUCAAGGUUUUGGAACCUUUUCUAAUCAAUGGAUUUCACCAUCGGUUAUAUUAUGAAAUUAAUGAACUUUAUUAAAGUACAAUUUAUGUG